AUGGCUACCCCCAGUGUCCUUACCUUUGAUGCUGAGGGUCGUGCUGUUGACUUCGAGGUCUGGGUAGAUGACCUACAGCUUUUCCUACAGUGCCAUAGGGCGGACGGACUCUCCCUGUUCGAUCUCACCUCUGGUGCCUCUCCUGCCUCGCCUGCUGAUGCUGACAGCACUGUCCGCUCACAAUGGGCCACACGCGAUGCUGCUGCUCGUCUUGCUGUGCGUCGCCACUUACCGACCACUGAGCGUGCGCACUUUAGUCAGUACAAGAGUGCUAAGACCUUGGACCACUUCCUCUCUGUUUGCCCCACCACACUCACCGUUGACCUCCUCAAGGAGCGCCUCCUGGCAGCUGAGAAGAGUAUAGUCGCUGUAGGAGCCUCUAGAGGUGACCCGCGUGCCCCUGUCUUUGAGGGGUGCUCCCCCUCCCCCCUUUUGCCCUCUGUUGCCUCUGCUGCUGCCGUCAACUUCGUUGGCACCGAGUCGGUCAGCGCUGCGUCUGCCCCUAGCGGGCAACGCCGCACCGGCAAGGGCAAGGGGGGCAAGGGCGCAGGAGGGGCUGGCGGGGGCGGUGGAGGUGGAGGUAGAGGAGGCAGAGGGAGUGGGGGUGGUGGUGGGAGUGGUGGCGGGGGUGGGGGCUUCGGUGGCGGCAGUGGCGGCGGAGGCGGCGGCGGCGGUGGCAGUGGGAGCGGAGGAGGAGGCGGUGGCGGAGGUGGCGGAGGUGGCGGCGGAGGAGGUGGAGCUAGUCGGGGUGGCUCUGCGCAGCGGGGCAGCUUAGGUGGUGGUCAGCGCCAGCAGCAGCAGCGCACUCGUGAGACCCCGUCCCUCAGCAGCUUCGUGAGUGGUACGCUGGGCGUCAGCAAGUGCGGGGGCUCGCACUCCAUCCAGCGCUGCUUCGGCCGCCUGACAGACGCUUGGCGUCUCCAGUUCCCUGACGCCACUGAGAUCCCUCGCCGGGGAGAGCUGUCUAGGGCGGGGGUUGCUAUCUUUGAUCUUGACUAUGAUGCUAUUCUUGCUGCCAUGUAUGCUGUGUCUACUAGUGAUGAGGGUGACUGUUACCUGUGUGUUCCGCCUGACCCGGGCAUUGAGGCUGCUGCUCUAGGUGCAGGUGAUGCUGCUUAUCUAGGUGCUAGUGCGUCUGCUGCCCCUGGUGCUGGUGAGUGUGCUCUCUCAGGUACCAUGUCGGCUCAGGCCUUACACACCUUCACCCUUGACUCGGGUGCUUCCCGCUCCUUCUUUCGAGACCGCACCACGCUUACGCCGCUUAGUCGGCCGGUUGCGGUCUCCCUGGCGGACCCCUCUGGGGGUCCUGUCCUUGCUAGCUUCUCCACUGUCUUACCGUGUCCGGCAGCCCCCUCUGGCACCCUGUCAGGUCUCUACCUCCCCUCGUUCUCUACGAACUUGGUGAGUGGUGCUGAUCUACAGGAUAGGGGGGUUGACCAGUUCACUCCUGCGAGUCAGCGGGUGACCCACUGUACGUGUGCUCGGACGGGCCGACACUUGGCCACGUUUACCCGUCGGCCGGGGUCGAGCCUGUACACACUGACUACUGAAUCUCCUCCGGUUGCUGAGUCUGGUCAGAUAGCUGCGUCGAGUCAGGUGUUUGCUGCAACGUCCAGGUCUGGUCCUGAGUCUGCUCCCUGCUCGUGUCGUCUCCUAUCCCACCAGACUCUCCUUUGGCACCACCGCCUUGGUCACCCCUCCCUGCCUCGUCUCCGAGGCAUGGCCUCCCGUGUCCUUGUCUCUAGUCUCCCCCGGUCCUAG